UGUCUCCGUGCCUCAGUCUGAGUGAGGGGGCCAUGGGCGCGGACACAGAUGACAGUGAGGCUCCUCUUCACAUGGAUUACGAGGCUAAUGUUUUCCCUCACAGCGGCGGAUACGGACGCUACAACCGGGUGGUGGUCUUGUUCAGCUGGUUCCCAAACUUCGCGGUCACGUUGAAUCUGCUCAGUGACAUUUUCUUCACCCACAUACCGGAGUCGUACCACUGUACGCCCGACCCGGAGCUGCUGCCCUCCGCGUUCCUCCUCAGCAACUUCUCCAGACAGGGAUACUUGAAAGUCGCCAUCCCGUGGGUGAACGGCUCCGGUCUGAGCCACUGUGAACUCUUCAAAUAUCCGCCCAACACCUCCGACUUCUCCGGUCAUGUUCCCAGAGAGAGGGUGUCCUGCACCCGAGGCUGGGACUACGUUCACUCUGCGGGGCUUCGCACCAACUUUGUCACUGAGUGGAACUUGGUUUGCAGCGACUACUGGAAAAUCCCUUUGCAGCACAUCUGUUUUAUGAUGGGAUGGAUUCUGGGAUACAUCCUCCUUGGUACAUUGUGCGACUGGUUGGGCCGUCGGCGCGGGUUCCUCCUGUCCAUCAGUCUGUCCAGUGUGUUGGGGAUGGCUGUGUGUUUGUCCAACAGCGCUGUGGUGUUUCUGCUGCUGCGUCUCUCUCAGGGCGCCAUGCUCGCUGGAGUGUUUUUGUCCUCGUACAUUGUCCGGUUGGAGCUGUGCGAUCCUCCCCACCGCCUCAUGGUCGCCAUGAUCAGCAGCUUCUUUGCCGUGUUCGCAGAGCUGCUGUUGCCGGGUGUCGCGGUCCUGUGCCGUGAUUGGCCCAUCCUCCAGGCUGUGGUCACGUUGCCUCUGCUCCUGCUGCUUUCUUACUGGUGUUUUGGCUCAGUGUUUCCUGAGUCUCCUCGCUGGCUGCUGGCCACGGCUCAGAUCCCUCAGGUCAAGCAAAGUGUCCAGGGAUUCUCCACCAGGAACGGAGUCUGUCGGCGAGAUGAGAUUUACCCUGGAGAAACUCUGCUGUCAGAGAUCGACUCAGUGUACGGAGAAGACUGUCGCCCGAGUUAUCACUCAGUCCUGGAGCUGCGUCAGACUCGUAUCAUCUGGAAGAACUGCCUCAUCCUCAGCUUCACUCUGUUCAUAGGAACAGGAAUCCAGUACUGUUUCACCAGAAACCUCCACAGCUUCUCCACAAACUUCUACUUCAGCUACUUCCUCAGAGUGAUCACUGGAGCGCUGGCCUGCGUCUUCAUCUGCGUGACGGUCGAUCGCUUCGGUCGGCGCGGGAUUCUCCUGCUCUCUGCCAUCAUCACUGGACUGUCGUCGCUGGUGCUGCUGGCCCUCACUCAAUAUCUGCGUGGAGGUCUGGUCCUGGUUCUCUCUGUCGUGGGUCUGCUGUCCUCUCAGGCUCUCGCGAUGCUCAGUGUGUUCUUCGCCUGCGAGGUGAUGCCAACUGUCGUCCGAGGUGGAUGCCUCGGCUUGGUGAUGGCGGCGGGUUGCGUUGGCAUGGCCGCUUCCUCCCUGAUGGAGCUCCAGAACAACAGCGGCUAUUUCCUCCACCACGUCAUUUUCGCCUCCUUCGCCGUCCUCUCCGUCCUCUCCAUAAUGCUCCUGCCCGAGAGCAAGCGCAAGCCGCUCCCUGACUCUCUGAAGGACGGCGAGAACCAGCGGCGCCCGCCUCUCUUCCUGUCCCGGCCCGACAGGGUCAACCUGCCUCUACUGUGCACCCGCCCCCCUUUGUCAGUGUACAACCCCGAAAACUACUCGCGCUUAGUUUCUGCCACAAGGAAGAUGUUGACUAAAGAGAGUUUGCCUUACAGGAUCUCUGCGCCGGCUCUUUCCCCUCUGCUGUCAGGCAGUGAAACACAGGAACCCGGAGAAUGAGACUCAGGAUGGAUACGUUUGAAGAACGUCCUCGUCCGUGACAAACUUGAAUUAUCCCUCUUCGUUUUUCUAGACAAACUGCAUCUCUGACAGUUCACUACAAUCUUAAUUCAGUUAAAGUCAGUGGCUACUCAUAACUCUGCUUGGACGCAGUGCACUUUAGAGCCAAGGCUCCAAGUCUGUCAGUCGUCGGGAUUAUUAUUAUUUUACACUUGAAACUAUAACCGUUUAUUUUUGUUUGUUUUUUUUUGUCAUCCAAAGCUUUGUGAAGGCUUGUAAAAUCCCCUUUGUGUUGUGACGUCGCAUGUUGUGUCUCAUGUCUAAACAAACUUUAAAUCCCGGGGCCAUGACCUACGACCAGGCUCCUAUUCAUAUCCAUUUUCCUCUGAAAGGGAAGAUCAAUUAUUGACACCAUGUUCUGCUGGGGAAGAGUGGAAACUCAUGGUUAAAGCCAUUAACUCCUCAGGAAAAUGUUAUAAAUCAUGUAAAAAGUAGAAGCUCAUUAGACACAUAGACUUCCAUUCAAAUGGAGUUAGCUCAGCGAGUUAAUGGUCUCAGCCACUAGUUUGAAUUCUUCUUCAAUAUCACAUUAUGUCAAUUUUGUAGAUUAUGUUCCCAUCAUAAUGUGAAACUCAAAUUCUUAACACUACACCCACUUUUUAUAUACAGUCCUUUAUUCCCGUGGAAAAUGGCCACACGGCUCGUUUGGACGAAUUGAAACCAAAUUUGUUUUUAACGCUGGUUCCAGCUGCUGCUGCUGGUUGGUCAUGUGAGCAGCAGUGUGUCCGUUCAUUAGUAACUCGUGCACUUUUCAUUACGUCUGUUGGUCUUGGUGCUGAGAAGAACCCAGUGACUCACACAGGUCUGGUUCAUGGCGUUGUGUUGUGCUCGUCGCGCACACGUGAGGGCACUAAAUGAAGCACUGUCACACAGAGAAAACGCCAUUCAUGAGUGCUUAAUGGCUGAACCACUCACUGUCAUUGACAAGAAAUACUCAGGCUGUUAAUCUGAAUAUUACACUUAUGCACAACUGUUAUUUACUAAUUGUUUAUUUUUUUUCAUUUACAGUGUUCCAAAUAUGAAAAGCAUCAUGCAGACAAAAGGUCACAGCCUUGUGUCCUUGGAGAAUUUGGAUUUACCAACACAACAAUUUAUUCAUUUUAUUUCAUUUUAUUAUUUAAAAAAAAAAAAAUGCUUUUAUUACUUUACUUUAUUUAACAGAAUCGGUGACGGAGGAUGAGUAGUGGAUAUUUUCUCAAACAUUUUCUCUUUGAGCCUUUUCAUCAUGUGAAUGAGACCAAGUGCUUCAGCAGGAUGUUGAAGUCUUCAAGGUUGUCUUGUGUGUGUGUGUGUGUGUGUGUGUGUGUGAGAUAGAUUUUUACUUUUGUUCAUAUGCUCUUUCUAACCUGCGUCUUUUUUUUUAUCAUGUCAUCAGUUAACAGAACCAAAUCAACUUCUCAAAUCUUAAACAAGUGAUCAACAAACAACAACAGUGGCAUUUUAAAAACAAUCAAAUCAAACGCACAACCCUUUCUGAACACUAGAUGGAGCACUUCCACUUUGGAAUAGGGAACACUUUGUGUGUCUUUGUCUAUUCACAUUACACUUGUGUGAUUUUUGUUCAUGUUAAAAACAAGAUGACUCAAACCUUAUCAAGCCAAA